GCACCUCGCCACAUAGUAGUCAUCAAAUGGCUCAGAUAGUCAGAUUCUCGGGACUCUCCCACCAUGACUUCGUGUUAUCAUAACUUUGCAAAUUACACUCUCUCCCCCUCGCUCACUAUCUACUUCACUUGCAUUCUGUGACAGAGAGAGAAAAGGGAGGGAGAGACUAGGGAGAGGGACAGAGAGAAAUUAGGGAGGGAGAGAGACGGAGAGAGAUCAGGGAGAGAGAACGAGAGAAAUUAGGGAGAGAGAAGGAGAGUGGGAGAGAGAGAUUAUGGAAGUUUCUUUACAACUCACACGUCCUGUUUGGUGUAGUAAUGUGUGUAGUGAUACACCCAAUCUAAAGCUUAAACCUCGUCUAGGUUUCACAAGAACAACUCCUCACUUAUCACAAUCCUCGUCUAUUAUAGGCUAUCGAGGAGCUGGACUUCUGUAUCAAAUAUCUGCAGCUGCAGAUUUUUCGAGAAAAAGAAAUGGGAAAGCUUCAAAUCCUAGGCCUCGAGGCUCCACCUCGAAGAGAUUUAGCCGAAAACCCCAGACAAGAACAAGUAAUCAAACAAAAAGUCAGAAAGGCGAUGACAAGAGAGAAGGUUCAGGGACCCCACUAUCCAAUGAAUAUGCAAGGCACAAUGUGAAAGCAAUCAAACUCAAUGUUGAUAGUGAUGAAGAGACAACUGUUGAAAUUACUCAAGCUACUACAGCUGAGGAAGGACCUGGUAUGGAUGAUAUUGUGGAGACGGUGAAAACAAUUUCUCAUGUUGGUAAGCUUACCAAAUCAACAGAAAAUGGAAGAAUCAGUACAGUUGAUGAGGGCAGCAAUGAGUCCGCAAAUGAAAAACAAACAGCGAAGAGUGGUGUGUCUGCAGCGGCGGUAGAUAUAGGAGGCCGUGAAAGUAAGAAAUUGGGUGUUGAGAUAGAUGGACUGGAACAUACUGAAUGUGCCAACAUUGAUGAUGAUGUAAAAAGGAACGCGGUAAAACUUGAGUCAGCUGAAGGCAAAAAAGAUUUGGGUAGCGCAGGAGGAAAGGAAGAUGAUUAUUCUCUACAAGCAAAACUGGAAAUGGAAGUAAAGAGUCGUGAACAGGCACUUCAGAGACUUUCCGGGGUAAACUUUUCGCUAGGGAAUAAAAUGUUCUGUUACCCAGAGGAGGUAAAACCUGGCCAAACAAUAGAAGUGUUUCUUAACAAGAGCCUUUCUACAUUAAACAGUGAAUCUGAUCUCAUUAUCAUGGGAGCAUUUAAUGACUGGCGGUGGAAAUCUUUUACCUUAAAUUUGAAUAAGACUCGCCUGAAUGGGGAUUGGUGGUCUUGCCAGGUUCAUGUUCCAAAGGAAGCUUAUAAGAUGGAUUUUGUGUUCUUUAAUGGAAAAGAUGUCUAUGACAACAAUGACAAAAAAGAUUAUUGUAUACCUAUAAUAGGGGGAAUUGAUGUGCUAGAAUUUGAAGAGUUUUUGCUUGAGGAAAAACGAAGAGAGCUUGAAAAACAUGCCAAGGAGCAAGCUGAAAAGGAAAGACAUGCUAAUGAACUAAAGCGAAUAGAAGCAGAGAAAGAGGCACGUGAAGCUGACAGAGCACAGGCAAAAGGGGAGGCUGAAAGAAGAAGGGAAAUGUUGCAAGGAGUCAUCAAAAAGGCUGUGACCUCUGUUCACAAUUUAUGGUUCAUAGAACCCAGAGAGUUCAGUGGUGGAGACAUUAUCAAGCUAUAUUAUAAUAGGAGCUCUGGUCCUCUUGCUAAUGCUAAACAGAUAUGGAUACAUGGUGGCUAUAAUAAUUGGAAAGAUGGAUUAUCUAUUGUUGCAAGGCUUGACAGCUCUGAAAUAAAGGAUGGUGAUUGGUGGCAUACUAAUGUUGUUGUACCUGACCGUGCCCUUGUCUUGGAUUGGGUAUUUGCUGAUGGUCCUCCUCAGCACGCCUUGAUUUAUGACAACAAUCACCGUCAUGAUUUCCAUGCUAUUGUCCCUGCACGUGGUCCUGAAGAUAAAUACUGGAUUGAGGAAGAGCAUGAAAUAUACAAGAAGCUUCAGGAGGAGAGAAUGUUAAAGGAGGAAGCAGUACGUGAGAAGGCUAGAAUAACAGCACGUGUCAAAUCAGAAACCAAGGAAAGAACUAUGAAAACAUUUCUGUUGUCUCAGAAGGAUAUAGUCUAUACUGAGCCUUUGGAUGUCCAUGCAGGAAGCACUGUUUCACUUUUCUAUAAUCCUGCCAACACAGUUUUAAAUGGGAAACCAGAAAUUUGGCUUAGAUGUUCAUUUAACCGCUGGACUCAUCGCAUGGGUACACUGCAACCUCAGAAAAUGUUGCCUGCAGAAAAUGGUUCCCAUGUAAAAGCCAGAGUCAAGGUUCCACUAGAUGCAUAUAUGAUGGACUUUGUAUUCAGUGAGAGGGAAGAUGGAGGGGUUUUUGACAAUAAAUUGGGUAUGGAUUACCACAUCCCUGUCUUUGGAGGAAUAGCAAAGGAACCACCUAUGCAUAUUGUACACAUUGCUGUUGAAAUGGCUCCUAUUGCAAAGGUGGGAGGUCUUGGUGAUGUAGUAACUAGUCUUUCCAGAGCUGUUCAGGAUCUAAACCACAAUGUCGACAUAAUUUUUCCAAAGUAUGACUGCUUGAACCUAAGCAAUGUGGAAGAAUUUAAGUUUCACAGAAGCUACUUUUGGGGUGGGACUGAAAUAAAAGUUUGGUUUGGCAAAGUAGAAGGCCUAUCUGUCUACUUCUUGGAGCCUCAAAAUGGUCUCUUUUGGGCAGGUUGCAUUUAUGGCUGCAAGAAUGAUGGGGAUAGAUUUGGUUUCUUCUGCCAUGCUGCUCUUGAGUAUCUUCUUCAGAGUGGAUCUAAUCCUGAUAUAAUCCACUGCCAUGAUUGGUCUAGUGCUCCAGUUGCGUGGUUGUUUAAGGAUCAUUAUGUGCACUAUGGUCUUAGUAAAGCUCGUGUCGUCUUCACAAUUCAUAACCUUGAAUUUGGAGCACAUUUAAUUGGCAAAGCAAUGGCAUAUGCAGAUAAGGCUACAACGGUAUCUCCCACCUACUCAAAAGAGGUUUCUGGAAACCCUGCAAUUGCUCCUCAUCUUUACAAGUUCCACGGCAUAUUAAAUGGAAUUGACCCAGAUAUAUGGGACCCUUAUAAUGACAAAGUCCUUCCUGUAUGUUACACUUCAGAAAAUGUUGUUGAAGGUAAAAGAGCUGCCAAGGAAGCCUUGCAACAAAAACUUGGUCUGAAAAGAGCCGAUCUUCCUCUGGUAGGAAUUAUAACUCGUUUAACUCAUCAGAAAGGAAUCCACCUUAUUAAACAUGCCAUUUGGCGCACACUGGAUCGUGGCGGACAGGUAGUGUUACUAGGUUCAGCUCCAGAUCCUCGCAUUCAAAAUGAUUUUGUUAAUAUGGCAAGUCAUUUGCACUCUUCCCAUAAUGACCGUGCACGACUCUGUCUGACCUAUGACGAACCUCUUUCUCACUUGAUAUAUGCAGGAGCAGAUUUUAUUCUGGUCCCUUCAAUAUUUGAACCAUGUGGACUAACUCAACUCACUGCCAUGAGAUAUGGGUCAAUACCUAUUGUUCGUAAAACUGGAGGGCUUUACGAUACUGUAUUUGAUAUUGACCAUGAUAAAGAGAGAGCACAAGCACGAGGUCUUGAACCAAAUGGAUUCAAUUUUGAGGGAGCCGAUCCUGCUGGUGUAGACUAUGCUGUCAAUAGAGCAAUGUCUGCUUGGUAUGAGGGUCGGGAUUGGUUCAACUCAUUAUGCAAGCUUGUGAUGGAGCAAGAUUGGUCUUGGAACAGACCAGCCCUUGACUACCUGGAGCUUUACCAUGCAGCUCGAAAGUUGUAGGAACAACCUGUUUGGAACAGCAGGGCUGCUGAGGUGCCAGUAAAUCUUCUCUUGCCAUUGUACAGUUUAGUGAUAAUUCCUCGUCUGUCUGUCAUCCUUUCCUUUUAAAUGAAGAUACAGCUGCAUAUAUUUAAUUUAAUUACAAUUAGGUACACAGAGAAAGAGGGGCAGAGCUAGUAGAAUUGUAAUAUGCGCUUCACACAUUUUUUGUUUAGCAUAAGUUUAUAGUUUAGUAUAGACUAAAUACUAUUGUCGACUUGUAACUCCUACGAUAAUAAAUUAAUAAAAGGAGAAAGCCAAAGAAAAUCAAGUAGCUGGCAAUAUCUUUACA